AGCUUUUAUAUAAGAAGACUUUCCUGAGGAUCAGUUUUUUUCUCCUUUAAAGAGGAAAAAAAAUAAUCAAAAGUUAGAAUAUUAACGUGUCUCCAUCUCAGCGUCUCUCUUAAAUCUUCUGAAAUCUAGGUUUUUUCUCUUCUUCUUUGUAUUACGUGUGUGUUCUUUGUUACACUGUCGGCAAUGAAUUUCGAGUUAUAGAUCCAAUCAACUGGUAGCUCGAUUCCGAUACUCGAUAGUAAUUUAUUGAAUCCCGUUUCAGUAAUCAUUUAAAUGGAGGGUUCAGCAAUGGAUGAAACCAAGUUGUCUGAAAGUCAUUUGGUAUCGGCAGCGGCGUUCGUGGAGGGAGGUAUACAAGAAGCUUGUGAUGAUGCUUGUAGUAUUUGUCUUGAAGAUUUCUGUGAUAAUGAUCCUUCAACAGUAACUGGUUGCAAACAUGAAUUCCAUCUUCAGUGUAUACUAGAAUGGUGUCAGAGAAGUUCGCAGUGCCCCAUGUGCUGGCAAUCCAUCAGCCUGAAGGAUCCCACCAGCCAAGAAUUGCUUGAGGCUGUGGAACAUGAGAGGAACAUUAGGUCCAACCGACCACGAAAUGCCACAAUAUUUCAUCAUCCUGCUCUCGGAGAUUUUGAAUUGCAACACUUACCUGUAGGCGCAAAUGAUGCUGAACUUGAAGAGCGUAUUAUCCAACAUUUGGCUGCUGCUGCUGCAAUGGGAAGGGCACAUCACAUGUCUAGAAGGGACGGCCACCGAAAUAGGUCGACUGGUCAGGGUCGACCACAGUUCUUGGUGUUCUCAUCUCAGCCUAAUGCAGCUUCUUCCACUCCUAUUACGGCCACUCCAGCUCAGGGGAUUGGGGACGAUGAACCUGCUCAUCCAGUUGCUGCAGCUAGUCCAACUUCCCCUCUAAUGGCGGUGGGAAUUGAAACCUCCUCAGGGACCCCACAAUUUCUUGCUCCGCAAGCUGACCAGAGUCCUACUUCAGCAUCUGGAUCUGGUCAUUCUGCAGCUAAUCAACGUAGAUUUUCCUUUAAUAGUCCAAUUAAUUCUGCAGGUCAAUCUUCCCCAAUAGAUCAAGAUAGAGCAGGGCCAUCUGAGUUGCAGUCUUUCUCUGAAACCCUAAAAUCAAAAUUUAACGCAGUUUCAACAAGGUACAAAGAAUCGAUUACAAAAAGUACCAAAGGAUGGAAGGAGAGGCUAUUUUCUCGAAACACCGCGAUGGCUGAUCUUGGUACUGAAGUACGACGAGAGGUAAAUGCUGGAAUUGCUAGUGUUUCUCGCCUGAUGGAACGCCUUGAAACCAGUGGUAGAAACAGUGAUGCUUCGGUAUCAGAUAACUUGGAAGAGGGUUCAGUUUCAGAGCCAGGUAACCAGAUGAUUGCUGAGAAUCACGGUACCAGCCCUCUGAAUGACAACAAUCCUUCAGCUUCUUGUGCUACAAGUUCUGGUCAACAUUAGAUGUCCUAUAUACCUCGGCAAUAUCAAGUUUCCUCAGUAUUUCAUCCUUAAAGAUGGGAGCCUCCCUCUUCAAGGUACGAAAUGCUGAGGAUGCAAGGCUUUCUUUUGGAGGGUGAGAUACCGGUUAUCCCUCUCUAUAUAUACCUAUAUUAUACAUAUGUAAAGGAGCUUUGCGUUUGGCGUAAGUUUGAAUGAUAAUAAAAAAGCAAAUAGAGAUCUGACAUUUAAACUGCAGUGUUACGUUGUAAAUGUGAUUAUAUACCCAAAUUCUUUACUUGGAUGCUGGUCAAGAAAUUA